AGGGAUGGGGUCUGGAGGGAUGGGGCAGGUGAUGCUGGUCUGUGAAUGGAAACCCUGGAUCCCGUUUACAGCUUGAAGUUGGAAUGUGAGAAGCUGAUGAGUGAGAAGACAGAGAUGCAGAGACAUUAUGUCAUGUACUAUGAGAUGUCCUAUGACCUGAACAUCUAAAUGCACAAGCAGGCAGAGAUUGUCAAGAGACUGAGUGCCAUCUGUGCCCAGAUUAUCCCCUUUCUGACACAGGAGCACCAGCAGCAGGUCCUGCAGGCGGUGGAGCGGGCCAAGCAGGUGACCAUGGGAGAGCUCAACAGCAUCCUUGGGCAGCAGCAGCUUCAGCACCUCUCCCACCACGCAUCCUCGCUCCUGCUGACCCCCCACUCCUCCAGCAUGCAACCUUCUACCUUGAGCAGGGCCAGUGGCACCUUGGGACUCCUGGCCAUCUCAGGGGCACUGUUGGCACAGUCUCAGCUGGCCACCAAGGAAGACAGAGUGGCCCAGGAUGGGGAGAACAAAGAACGUGCCUCAAGCCGGAGCAUUUCUUGUUCCCCCCCUGAGCGCCUGCAGGAUGAGGAGCGGAUGGGCCUGAAGCGGAAGCAGGAGGAGAAGAACCUGCCUGGGCAUUCUGACAGUGAUGGGGACAAGAGCGACUACAACCUCGUGGUGGAUGAGGUAGGCCCUUAUACUUGGAACCUUGCAGGGUAUCCAGCUCAAGCUGUAGUCAUCAAGUUUAGGACUCUGGAUCCUAAGCUUUGGAGUUCCCUGGGCUCCAGGUCAUUGCUGCUGGGAGCAGCAUCCAGCCAGGACAUGUGCCAGCCCUGCUCUGAUGUGUUCAUGUCAGCCAAGACUGAUUCCACUCCCACUGCUCUGAGUAGAAAGCUGUGCCAGCCAGGGCUGAGCUUUGCCAGCCACAAGAUUGGCUCUGAUUCACAAUCCCCUUUCAGUCCCUCUCCUGUAGCAUCCCAUAUGGGGAGACUGAUAAGCUGGGAUGAGAGCUCCAGGGAGUUGGGUUUGCUGCUGGCAGCUCCAGUGAGUAGAGGUGGCAGGAGCAGGCAGCCUCGCUGUGCUGCCUUCGGACCCCACCUCGGAGCCCGGCAGCCCUGGCUGCUCACCCAGCAGCCAGCUGGCACCAGUCCACGGGGAGAUGCCAAGCCCGGCCUGCACCACCUCCAGCAGGAGCACAACACCCCUCGAGCCAAAGGGCCAGUGUCCGAAACCACUUCCUCCACCACUGCAUCUCCCCCACACCCCACGGAGGCUGCUCCAACAACCAACAACCGGAGCCACCACCACGCUCAGGACCAGGGCUGGGCCCUGCCAAUAGCAGAGCUGCCACAGACCUGCCCUGGCACAGGAAAGGAGCAGCAAAUUGUGGUUGCCAAAGGGGAUGAGGCUGCUGCCCUGGUCUCACCCAUCUUCACCUAG